AUGCUUGGCGCCGCUGCAGGCCUCCUCGUGGGCACCACAGCGGGUGGUGUGGCCGGGGGCACCGGCGGCUUCUGCCUCUACAAGUACAGAGUCCAAAUUAAAGACGGCGUGGUCCGCGUGCAGUUGAAGGCGCGGAAAUCCCUGUCCGAGGGAUGCGAGACGGCACGGAAGUCCCUGUCCGACGGAUGCGAGACGGUCAAAGGUGUCACCUCUCGCGCCAAGCUCGCCAUUGACUCGGCCAGAACGAAAGCCCACGAGAAGGCGGGCGAGGCCAUGACCUUUGCAACCUCCUCGCGCGCCGGAUUCACCUCGGCCUCGACGAUGCUGGGUGGCUCACUGGGCACCGUGGCCGGUGCGGCCUGCGGCGCUGCCUGUGGCGCUGCCGUGGGUUUGGUGCCCGCGGUCUUCACCUUGGGUCUCUCGAUCCCAAUUAGUGCCGGGAUCGGCUUGGCAGCCGGGGCGACCACCGGCGGAGGCGGUGCAUGUGGCUUUGUCGGCUUCACGUACCGAGAAGAGAUCAAAAGAUCUGCGGGCUACCUUCGAACGAAGACCAUGGAUUCUGCCGCCCAGGUCACUGAGCGAGUGACGUCCUUGGUCGGACGGGGAUCGGGGAAGACUGCGUGA